CAUCUUUUAUCCUGUACUGGGAUUCCGCUAUUCUCUCAGACAAAAACAGAUAUGGGUGCAAACCCACCUUUCCCAUCUCAUAAUAGCAACAAAGUAAUGUGAGGCUAUGAUUCUCUUCCACCAUGGCUCAUACCAGAAGCCAACCUCAUGCCAACCCUGAAUGCUGAUGAAGAAGCAGCAGCAGCCAGAGAAGCAUGAACCCGAGCACGAGCUUGAGAUCCUCAAGGCGGUGGCGCAAGCCUGGCACAGCCACUCCAGCGGCUCCAGAGUGGCCGCCAGCAGCGAGUUUGACACCCGCCGGCUUAACUUCAAGAGCAGGCCUUCCCGGUUCAAGAUGGAGGCAAUAAGUGGUAAGUCGGUGGUGCCUUCCAAGGGCAAGGGCAGUCUCAGCGGCGGUCCCUGGGACUUCAGGGAAUCCCUGUGGGAUUCGUACGAGAUCGUGACGGUCGCCAAGAAGCUCGAGGCAAAGUUGAAUUUGGACGACCCAUUCGGGGAGUUGCCCGGGGCCGGUAAAGUCAUUAGGAGGAAGCGGGAGAGUAGGAAUAGCUUGAGGAAUCUGUUCAAUCUGAUGUCAUCAAGAAGAUAUAAUGAGCCCGAUGCUCCGAGUCCGAGUUUACUAGACAAUCAAUUUUGAUCAGAUUCACCUUACAUUAGUCCCACAGCUUUUGGCUGUUGUCAAUUCAAUCACAUUUCUUGUAUAGGCUUCUGUAAAUUUCCAUUGCUGAGAUCUACUAUUCCUUCUAUCGAUGUUGAUUUCUGCAAA